AUGGGCAAUUGCUUCCCAUCAUUAUUCCAUGCUCGACCAAGAAGACCUAUCCAGUUCAAUGCUGCAGCUUUAGUUUCAGGACUUCCAAACCUUCGCCCGAAUGAAACAACAACUGGAAGUGGUUGUAUAUUGUCACCCCCUCUUCUGAAAUCAUUCACAUAUUCUGAGCUAGAACAGGCUACCAUGAACUUUAGUUCCCAGAAUCUCAUAGGGGAAGGUGGGUUCGGUUAUGUUUACAUGGGGUUCAUUGAUGAGCAGACUCUUAGUGCUGCAAGCCCUGAAAGUGGAAUGGCUGUUGCUGUGAAGAAGCUUAGUCCCACUGGCACUCAGGGUCACGAGCAGUGGCUGACUGAACUUGGUAACCUUGGGCGACUUCGUCAUCGGAACCUGGUCAAGCUUUUUGGAUAUUGCUCGGAAGGGGAGGAUAGGCUUUUGGUCUAUGAAUAUCUAUCUAAAGGCAGCUUGCAGGAUCUUCUUUUCAAAGAUUGUUCUCCACCAUUGUCAUGGGAAACAAGGGUUGGAAUUGCCAUAGAUACUGCUAGAGUCCUUUCUUUCUUACAUGAACUAGGGCUUAUAUUACGAGAUAUAAAGUCAGCGAAUAUCCUACUAGAUUCGGAUUUCAAUGCAAAACUUUCGGAUUUGGGCUACGCAAUAGAAGGCCCUACUGGUGAUCAAUCUUAUGUUUUAACUCGAGUCUUUGGUACUGAAGGAUAUACUGACCCUCAAUAUCUUGCUACAGGUAUGCUAAAUACAAAGUGUGAUGUCUAUAGCUUCGGGGUCGUGUUACUUGAACUGCUUUCCGGACGCCAGGCUGUUUGUGAAACAGCAGCUGGUAUAAUGGAAUUUCUAGUGGAUCGGGCUAAACCUUAUUUAGGCGAUAAACGCCUGUUAUCCCGAAUCAUGGAUACCAAGUUAAAUGGAAACUACUCCAAGAGAGAAGCUUAUGGUGUUGCAGUCAUUGCAUUGCAGUGUGUAAGUGAAGACAAGGUCCGGCCCUCAAUGGCUGAGGUUUUAUCAGCACUCAGACGUCUUCGUCUUCUCUCGGGUUCGCAUGCAUCCCCAAGUGGUGUUCCUUCGUCCUCCGUUGGGUUCAAAGUCGACAGGCCUUGGCUUCCCUCACCUUCACUGGACAGCGUUUCAUCUCAAAGAUCAAUUUUCCCUCUUUGCUUGUCUGACUUUUCGUCCCCAAGACAUGUUCCUUCAUCCCCAAGCAAUGGUCCUCCGUUCUCCCUUUCGUCCCAAAGCGAUGGACCUCCCUUUAGCUUAAGAGAGUUACGUAGGCAACUCUUCCCACGCCAAGAAAGAGGUUCAUCUGAAAGACCAAUUUUCCCAGCCUUGGCUUCCACUUUAUCCCCAAGCGAUCUUCCUUUGUCCUUCCUUGGGUCCCCAAGCAAUGUAUCCGGGCCCGUCUCUCCCUCAAGUGAUGUACCUCAAGUGAAGAGUUCCAAAUACAAUAACAAGUACCCUUUGAAGGGGGCUUUAUGGAAUUCAUAUUAG